AUGGAUGCAACAGCUCCGAGUGGCUCUGUGCAGACAGCUUCGGCCUCAUUGGUACCGAGGGAUUUGGCCGCACUGACGGGUGGCGCUGUCACGUUGGAGCAACACGUGGCGAUUCUGCACGAAUUGCAGAGCUCCGUAGGCCAAAAGGUGGUGAACAAUGCGAUUGCAAAGGUAAUGAAGCUGCCGGCGGAGCACUUGGGGCAGGUCGCACCAAGGGACGGUCGGAAAAAGACGAAGAAGGAGAAGCAGUUGCUGAAACAGCGAAAGAAUGUUACAAACGGCGGUAAGAAUCUGACAGACGUCCAGUUGACGCAGACAGUAGCGAAGAAGAAGCGCGAGUUUGACAUGAGCAACUACACGACGCGUGCCGUGGCGGUCAAGUUCUUGUACCUCGGAGAGAAGUACGCUGGGUUUGCGCGCCAGGACCACAUGCCCGAGACGGUAGAGCGCUACCUUUUGGAAGCGCUGGUUCGCUCAAAGCUCAUCCAGAAUAUUAGCGAUGCUGGCUAUUCGCGGUGUGGACGAACGGAUCGCGGCGUCAGUGCUUUCGGACAAGUCGUGGCACUGCACGUGCGAUCAAACUUACCAGCGACUGCUGAAUUGCUCAGUGCGUCCUCAAUCGAUAAUGUGCGUCCCGGUGAGAGGUUUCAAGUGCGGCUAGCCACGGGAGAAGUUAAAACGCUUACGGAAGUGGACUACGCUUCCCAGAUGAAUCGCGCACUUCCAGCCGAUAUCCGCGUAUACUCUGUGGCGCGUUGUCGCCGAGAGUUCAGUGCUCGAUUCGACUGCAAAGGACGCAUGUAUCGCUACUUUUUCGUGCGACGGGACCUGGACAUUGAAAAGAUGCGCGCAGGUGCGCAGAGCCUUGUAGGAAAGCACGAUUUCCGCAACUUUUGCCGCAUCGAUCACAACUGCCACGUGUAUGAGCGCACUGUUAGCUCGUUUGAGAUCGUGGAGUGGUCUGGACAGCGUGCCGUCGAUCCGCGUCAGCAGAUGUACUGCUGUGAAGUAUUUGGCCGUGCAUUUCUGUGGCAUCAGGUGCGCUGCAUGGUUGAGGUGCUGUUCCUCGUUGGGUCAGGGAAAGAAGAGACGAGUAUCAUUCCAGAGCUGUUAGAUAUUGCGCGAACACCACGAAAACCGCAGUACGACAUGGCUUCGGACUUGCCUCUUGUGCUGCACGACUGCUUCUUUGAUGACCCCGAAAAGGCCGACGAACCUGGUCCACGUUUUGAGUACACUCCGCUCGCGUUGCUUCAGGUACAUGCUCAGCUCACAGAGAUGUGGGAGCAGCGGUGCGUGCAAGCAGCGAUGCUGCGUAGCUAUUUGAACGCGCUCGAGGCAUUUCAGGUCGACGCGACUCGAGUGGUGAACGAUUUGGAUCACUACGCGCCAAAGCUGGAGCAGCUCAUGCGGGAACGUAGCCUCUUGACGCAAAACGGUGGCAAAAUGCAGUGGAAAGACGUGAGUUGUCUGCUACCGGUAGCCAAGAAACGGAAGAUUUUGCCGUUGACGAAACGCGGAACGGGUCAUUCCGUCGACGAGUGCAAACGAAAAGCUCAGGAGCGGAAACGUCGACGCCAAAUAGAAGAGGGAUCGACAACUCAAGGGACGAACGGGGUGCAAGCAGAAGUCAAAGAUGGAGCAAGUGGUCCCAAAGCGUCUGCUGGAACGUCGUGA